UACAACUUCCCUCUUCUAAUGAACCAAAUCAGAAACAUUAAUUAAAACAAAAGAGAAAUCACACUUAAAUUAUUCCUUCAUGAUUUUAGUUUUUAGUUUUUUGCCAGGAGCUCGUUGUUUUUAGUUUCUAUUUCUGCUUCACUUUCUCUCCAGCCAAACAGCACACGAAAUAGUGAAAACCAUGAAGAACUCUCCGAACAAUCCAGAAACCUUCCUCGCCUCCUGGGCGAUGAUGAAGCUAAUGAUCUUCUCUCUCUUAAUCGUCCUCACCUACAUCUCAUAUUCCCUGAGAUUCGUCUCCCAUUCCUUCAACGAUUCCGACCACGAAUCCCUGGCAAUCCGUCGCCAAUCCGAAAUUUUCCUUCCCGAGAAAAUUCCAGACCCCGAGGAGGAGGAAACGACACUCUCUCACAUCGUCUUCGGCAUCGCCGCUUCGUCGAAGCUCUGGAAUCGGCGGAAGAGCUACAUCAAGCUAUGGUGGAGGCCGAACCAGAUGCGGGGAGUCGUUUGGAUAGACAAGUGCGUGAAAACCGAGAAAGACGACGAGAAAUUUCUGCCGCCAUUGAAGGUCUCCGAGAACACCGCACAGUUCAAGUACAAGAACCCUAAGGGCCACCGCUCGGCGAUUCGGAUCUCGCGAAUCGUCUCGGAGACGCUGAGAUUGGGAAUGGAGGGCGUGAGGUGGUUCGUCAUGGGCGACGACGACACCGUUUUCGUCACCGAUAAUCUCGUUAGGGUUCUGCAGAAGUACGAUCACAAUCAGUUCUACUACAUCGGAAGCUCGUCGGAGAGUCACUUGCAGAACAUACAUUUCUCGUACAACAUGGCGUACGGCGGCGGCGGAUUCGCCAUAAGCUACGCGUUGGCGAGGGAGCUCGAGAAAAUGCAGGACCGGUGCAUCCAGAGGUAUCCGAGCUUGUACGGCUCUGAUGAUCGGAUUCAGGCUUGUAUGGCGGAGCUCGGAGUUCCUCUUACCAAGGAACGAGGUUUUCACCAGUUCGAUGUGUACGGCAGCGUAUUUGGGCUUCUGGCGGCCCAUCCAAUUACGCCCCUAGUCUCUCUCCAUCACCUGGACCUAGUCCAGCCUAUAUUCCCCAACACCAACCGAGUAAAGGCCCUGGAGAGGCUGAAAGGCCCAAUGGAGCUAGACUCAGCUGGGCUGAUGCAACAGUCCAUUUGCUACGACAAGAGCCGGAACUGGACCGUGUCGGUCUCGUGGGGCUACGCGGUCCAAAUAUUCCGGGGCGUUUUCUCGGUCCGGGACAUGGAAAUGCCGGGCCGGACCUUCCUCAACUGGUAUCAGAGAGCAGAUUACACAGGGUAUGCUUUUAACACGCGUCCUUUUAGCAGGAACACGUGUCAAAGACCGUUUGUGUAUUACUUAACCAAGGCCAUAUACGAUCCGGACACGAACCGGACGGUUAGCGGGUACGUUCUGAACCGGGAAUCCAACACCGAGUGCAAGUGGAAGAUGGCGGAUCCCUCUCGGAUUCAGAGAGUGGAGGUUUACAAGAGACCCGACCCGCAUAUUUGGAACAAGGCUCCAAGGAGAAAUUGUUGCAGAUUAUUGCCAACGAAGACCAAUGGCAUAGUGUCUGUUGAUGUGGGAGUAUGCAACGAAGGGGAAGUGGUAGAGUUGCGGUGAAAGGCAAUAUUGGAAUCUGGAACCAGCCUCCCUUGCAAUUCUUUUCAAUUUUCAAUUUUCCAGAGUUUUACUUUCCUUUGAUUUAUGUGUAUAUAAGCGCAUCCCUCAUCCAAAGAUUUGAUAUUUAGUUUUCAUA